AUGAGUAAUGUUCGUCGUUUUACUCUAUCUAACUUGAAGAAAUACACGAGCUAUAUAGUCGCAGUCCAAGCUGCCACUAAGAUUGGAUUGGGACCGGUUGGAUCAAAUAGGACAUGGCAAACAAAGGAAGAUAGUAAGUAUUAUAUAUUGUUCAAUUUCCUGCUUCAUAUAUAGGUGUACAAUAUUUUAUUAUAUAUAACAGUCUUAUUGUCGGGUUUUAAUAACGAAAUAAAAAAAUAAAAAAAUAAAUAAAAAGUUAAAAAUUUAAGUUAUUAAAAUUUAAAAUUUUCUGUUCAGAUAAAUGAAUAAACAAAUCUUGGUUAGAAUCGAAGCCAAAAAUACCGAAUUUGCACUGAAAAAAUUGAAAGCGCCAUUAUACACGAAAUUUUCUACGAACAAAGUUUUAAUACGUCGACAGAUUAAUCGUUAGACUUUCUUAAAGUCCUUUCCUGUUCUUUUUUCGCGAUUCGUAAAUCGACUUGUGGUCAAGUCUAAUCAAAGGCCACCACAGCAAUCUUGGUAUAUCAUUCUAAUCUUCUAAAUAUAACCACUAUCAAUCCCCAGUGGUAGUUAUUUGCACACAUAUAACCUGUGGGUUCCCGCAAUGGUGUUAAUGUAACCAUUGUGGUGCACAUUUCGAAAAUUAAUUUUGUGAGUCACCAAACUUCAAAUAAUGCGCGAGGCAUUGAGAAAAAAUAUGACACUCGCGUGUUGGUCGAAUUCGCUACAUUUUAUGCCAAAUGUCAUUAAUUGAAAUUUUCAUUGUUUGCGCUCAUGAUUUGAUAUGGUUUGGAGAAACCCCCUUCCGAAAUUAGAAUAAUUUUAUAGGAAAAUUUUAACUAUUGAUAAAAAUUAAUGGUUAACUACAUGUAACUCUGUCUUGUAAUUUGAAUUAUUUUAUUACCUACUACACUGGAUUCCAGACGCACAGAGCCUUCAGCAGUGGCGUAACGUUAAAGCAAGGGGCCCCCGGUUCAAAAUUUCCGAAGGCCCCCUAGUCGAAGUGCCAAAGGCACGAGUCGAGUGCCAUAUAUGCACAAGUUUUCUAGGCGGUCAAGCGCGUGCUCAUCCGGAAAAUUUUUGAAUCUAGACUCUCUGAAAUCCCAUUUCCUGGACUUUGGGGAGAGAUUUUACAGAAUUCUGAUGGUCAGAAAACGACAUUGCAACAUAUCAGAGGCCCUGGCCAAUGUUUUUGCUCUAUCGCCCAAGCCUGGCGGCCCUCAUCGCCGGUUGGGCCCCCCGGGUUCUCCCGGUCUGGGCCCAUAGUAGUUAGUUAUUAAAUAAUAAAUUGAAACGUCGCGAAGGCUCUGGUUCUACGGGAGGAUUCUUUUCCAAUCACAAGACAGUAUUAGUGGUUUCAGUACAGAACCUGUACUGAAACCACUAAUUCUGUUUUGUAAUUGGCGCCGUUAAAUCAAAGAAUUCUCCCGUUGGACCAGAUCAUUCGCGACGUUUCAAUUUAUUAUUUACCUCUGGAAUCCAGGGUAAUCACCUACUAAACUAUUUUUAACUUCAUUGCUUGAGGUGAUUGUCACGGGACUGAUGCAUAAUGUAUAAUGUUUUUCUUUAUUUCAAGUACCUGCUAAAGGGCCUGUUAUCACAAGUAUUUUUGCUGAAAGCUCAACGUCGUUCAGAAUUGCCUGGAAGGGAUUGAGUGAUGGUAAUGCAAAUGGUGCGAUAAUAGGAUAUCGUGUUUGCUACAAACUUGUAGAAACUUCUGUGAAUAUCUGCAAUUCCGUUGGUAAUAUUCUUCAUACAACGCUGUUUAACUUGGAAAAGUACACGAGCUAUGCAGUUGCAGUCCAAGCUGCCACUAAGAUUGGUUUCGGGCCGCUUGGAGCAAAAGUAACCAAGCGAACAAAGGAAGAUA